AUGAUUCACAUCUUGUUCCCACCCCACUUAGGUUUUACACCUGGGGGUUAUGAGACGACGUACGUCACCCAGCAGCAGCAGCAGCGCCGCGGCUUAGGAACUGGUGCAGCGGUGGGCUUGGGAGUGGGCGCCCUGGCGGCCGGUGGCCUCGCUGGCUACGCGCUGGGUGGCGGCUUCAGCAGCGACAGCCCCACCAGGGAGGAGGUUCAAGUUUCUUCGUUCUCCGAGACCGUUGACUUCGGCGGUGACGACUGGGUAGAA